UUUACCACCACCGCAUCCCCGCUCAUAGUCAUACAAACUCAAUACAAACUCACCUGUAAGUUCCUCUUCUAGUUUUCGCGGAUAUUUAUCUUGCUCACCAUUUAUGCCUUACUUAUCGUCUUCAUUUCGUGUGCAAUAAUUCUGCCUCUAUCCUUACGUCCCUCUUAAUCAUUUCCUCUGAUCAUGUGCGAUUCCGGUCGAUCUCUCGGCGAUUCGUUCUGUCUUGUUGAUACAGUAUCGAAUCUUGUAUAACAACUCGCUACCAUGGCUUUGAAGCGCAUCAACAAGGAAUUGAUCGACCUCGGACGUGACCCACCCUCAUCCUGCAGCGCAGGUCCCGUAGGUGACAACAUGUUCUCGUGGCAAGCAACAAUCAUGGGUCCUACCGACUCGCCGUAUUCAGGCGGGGUCUUCUUCCUAACAAUCACGUUCCCAACCGAUUACCCCUUCAAGCCUCCCAAAGUCAGCUUUAGGACGAAGAUCUAUCACCCUAACAUCAAUGCCAAUGGAUCCAUCUGUUUGGAUAUUUUGAGGGAUCAGUGGUCGCCAGCGUUGACUAUAUCAAAAGGUGUGCAAACAUACUAUAUUCUCAUUCUUCUGGUCUAUAUCUCGCUUCAUGCAGUGUUACUUUCGAUUUGUUCAAUGUUGACGGAUCCCAAUCCCGACGAUCCUCUGGUGCAUGAUAUCGCCCAUCUAUAUAAGACCGAUCGUACCCGCUACGAAGCAACGGCUCGGGAGUGGACAAGGAAGUAUGCCACGUAGUACGGUGUCCAUUUACUUCUCUAAGCUGUACACAUGGGUUAUAUUGGUCGGCUGUAUCAACAUCCGUUGUACAUCAUUGCAUGUCUAUGUUUUUAGUAUCCCCCCUCGCUUGUUUGUACCAAAUGAACGAUGAAUCGUCCAGGAA